GUGGUAGUGAGCUGUCCUAACUACCUAACCGAUUAGCUUUUUUUUAAGCUGAUAAUUGAUAAUAAUGCAUAUAAAAAACACAAAACUAAUUUGUCACUAAGCGCCAUGGCAACGAUGUAAAAAAAUGACGAGGAGCCAAUAGAGGUGCAUCAAAAGAGAUGUAUGUGAAAAGGAUCAUGUGGUCUAAAUGCGUGAAACCUGAGCUUCCCUGGCACAGUAAGGCUGCCAGCAGUGUGAGAAGGUCUUUUGGGAAGAUGUCACCAGUCAAGACUGCCGUGCACACUGAACAGGAGCCUCCCAUCAGAGCCACCCAGAAUGAGGGAAAACCCAGCCAGUCACAUGCCAAACUCCAUGAGACACCUGUAUGGGCCCAGAGAGCCAAGGAGCAAAUUAAAAGUGCAUUGAAGCCCCUGGAAUCCCCAGCCAAUAAGGAGCCAACCUUAACAACUGCACCACAAACACCUGAGUGUAGCAACAAGGCAGGAUGGUUUAAUGUACUUGAGAACCAGCCCAGGACAAAGUCAGCCCGGCAGAGUUUGAGGGUCCAUCAGAUGACACCAGAUGACGUCAGUCUAUUUUAUUUUCUUGAGAAUCAACACGCUCAGCAAGUUGAAACAAUUGAAGAUAUUGUGACCUGCUUAAUAGGCGAAAUCUAUUAUGAUGAGACAGGUACCCAACUAGACACCCCCAUUCCUGGCCUGAGUGAAACAGCUUUGGACCUCAUUGAUAAUGUGGUUGAUGAGUUAAAUAACACCCCAAGUGACCUGUCUGGUUUACAUACCGACGAGUCUCUGGUCCUCCCAUCUAGUUAUAAACAUCAGGUGGCCAAGAGUGUUCACAAAGAAUUGCUUUCCUGCACUGGUUCCCAAGAAAGCUUGUGGAAGGCUGUAUCAUCGGGACACAUGGUGAAAGAGAUUGCCAGCUCAAUCUCUCUGGAGGUGUCCAAAGUAACCAGCAGGAUUGGGGCUAUCUAUCACACUAGUGUCGAUCACACUGAUAAUCCAAUCUCACCCGGCCCCAGAACAGACACAAAUGCUUCCUGGGUGUCCUGUGCAGCCUCAGACAUCUCUGAAGAUCUUGUCCUCAGAAUCCUAGACUUCAUAUCAUACUGUCGGUCACCAGACAGCACUUGGAAUGGGCCACAGAGCCGAUGCUCCACUGACAUGACCGAAGAUCUCAUGGAUGCAGUCAUGGUGGAGCUCUUCACUAACACAGCCAUGCUGACGAUUCCAGUAGGUGAGCACCAGAAAAAAUGGUGCAAACCCUCCCCUACAGAUCUGGAGAAAGCUGCCAGAUUAGUGUAUAAGAAGAUGGUAAAGGAAACUGGCUCAGCUGAGGCUUUGCAAAACGCUCUCAAGCUCAGAAGGAAAUGUGUAGUCACAGCACUGGCUGACGUAGUGGCAAAGCAAGUGUACAAGCUCUUCUCAGAAGAGGAGUCAGACUCCACAUAUCUCCCAGACCAAACCAGCCACAAAGAUGACUGCCCUGUUACAAGCCACAGUAACAAACAACUCACACCUGAGUUUGCUGCUGCUCAGUCUGCCAGUGAGUGCAUAGUGAACUGCAAGGCUGUGUGGGAGAUCAUCUCCAGACUGCUGCAGGAAAUUUGUCCUAACGUGCCCAUGGAAGAAAAGCCCCAACUUUAUGCUCAGGAUCUUUUUCAUAGUGCUAUAAAUAAGCUGUCUGAGUCUCCAGGGGUAGCAGUAUGUGCUGAUGAGACUAUCUGUGACGUCUGCCGCCAUCCACAGGCCAUUGAGUUAAUCUGCGGCCGUGUUUUGGAGUGCCUGCAAUUUCAGAUGAACCUCAUGGGCUACAAUUUAAGAUCUGCCCUGGAUGCCCAAGAUGAGGCUCUCAGCUACUUUAUUGUUGCUCAUCUUGUGCAAGAGACCCUGCUGUUGAUCUCAAAUCAGACCAAUGGCAGCUCCCCUGAAGUAGACUCAGGUUCCCACCAUCAACCUGAGAGUCAAACACAACCAUGUGUAGUGAGCAGCAAAGUAAAUGAUGAAGAUUGGCCCACUUGUCAGUCAAACAUCACUGUACCAAAGGGCCAUUCCACCAUUUCUGCAUCCAAGGGCUUGUCCCAUAGGGCUUGCUUUUCCACUGUGUUUGCAACCAAGGGCCUACCACAGAUGCCAGGUCAAACAUACACUGGCAGAAGAAGGUACACAGUCCUGAGUGUGAAAAUAAAAAAGCGCUCUCACAGAGGAAUUCAUAUCACACCGUCAGAAAGGAUCAUUCGGUUGAAGGAAAUGCAGAGGGAGUCAUCUUCUGAGGUCUCAUCAGUUUCAGUGGAGAUGUUUUCUGAAAGCCAUGGACACAGAAGAGGGUGUUUUGGAUGGCUCCUCUCUAAGCUAAGCUUAUGUGCACUGAAGACAUCCACUGGUUCGAGUAAUGUUUGAGUGUAACCAAACAUUCAAACCUAAGGUGGAGGAAUGUAAA